UGUGCUGUGUUACUGAUGUCAUUACGCUCACACACACUCCCACGUGGGUUUAGUAUUAGCUUCUCAGGCAGCAAUGGAGGAAUCCCUGCUCAUAGGACUAAGUGACGGUGCUAUCGAUGAGAAGAAAGACACUCAUUAUUACACUAAUAAAAUCGGAGGAUGUCCGGACCUUGUACCUGGUGUAUCUAAUCCACAUAACCAGUGCCAGCUUUGUGGCAGGUUCCUUGGUCAUGUCGUUCAGGUAUACUGCCCCCUUGCGGUUUCUCUGUAUCACCGCACCAUUAAUGUGUUUGCCUGCACUUCUCCUGAGUGUCACGGCAAGCUGGGAAGCUGGAAAGCACUCCGGUCACAGUGUUUGGAGUCUGAGACAAAACAGCCUUCUGUGUGUCAGAGCUCUAUGACAACAUCAUUUUCCACUACAGACUGGUGUGAUGAUGCUGAUGACUGGGGAAUGGACUCUGAGAAGAAUGUGGGCAGUGGACAGACUGGUACAGCUCAGUCAGAGAUAGGUAACUUUACAGAGAGCCUGGAUGUCAGCACCAGACUUCAAGAACUUUGUAUCAGCAGGUCAGCAGGUGUUAAGGAUGCUGAAUCACCUACAGAUAUUCCCACCUUUCAGUCGUUUUAUAUCAGUGUGGUGGAGGAGACGGAUCUUGUGGGCCAAAAAGACCUGGAGCAUGCCAACAAACUGCUAAAGGAGUAUGAGGAGAGGGAGGGCGUAGCUGUCGGGGAGAUUGCAUGCAGUGAAAGUGAAGGCAGGGAGGAGGCAUAUGAAAAAUCCAACGCCAAACAUGGCGAUGCAGUCUUCUCCAGUUUUAUGAAGAGGAUUUCCCUCUGUCCAGAACAAGUACUUCGGUACAGUUGGAGUGGGACGCCAUUAUUUAUAAUGGAGCCUCCUUCAAAUGUAAAUCAGAUGGUGCCUCCUUGCGCACAAUGUGGCAGUCCUAGAGUGUUUGAAUUUCAAUUAAUGCCAGCACUGGUCAGUUUGCUCCGGAGUGCACGUCUAAGUUUAGUAACAAACUGCUUGCAUUUUACAAACUUUGGCAUUUCCCUUUCAAGAGCUUGCAGUUGAGUUUGGAACUGUUAUGAUUUAUACUUGCAGAGACAGUUGUUGGACAUCUGGAUCGAGCAGUCCUAUCGAGGAAUUCUACAUUGUACAAACUGAUCCUGAUCAAAAGCUCUUUAAAUGAUAAUAGUACUAGUUUCUGAGAGUAAUAAAUCAAAAUUAACACAC